AUGCCUGCCACGGCGUCCCGUGCCGUGCUGCGGCAAUCGCAGUUCCUGACCCGGAGGACCGCGGUCAGACACUCCUCGUCCACAUCCCAGGCUGCUUCCAAGGCAACUGAGACUGCUUCUUCCACUGCCUCUAAGGCUCAAGAGGGUCUCUCUCGUGUUACCUCAUCUGCCGGCCCUGCCGUUACGAACGCUGCCCAAGGCCUCGGCAACGCCCUGAAGAAAGUUGGUGGAAGAACCGGAAAAGUUGUCUCCUUCGUUGAAUCCUUGAUACCCCCUACUAUCUACUACUCGAGAGUUGGUCUCGAGCUCGGCAAGCUGGUGUUCCGAGGACAGAACAUGACUCCCCCGAGCUCGGCCACUUUCCAAUCCUACUUCCAGCCUCUGCUCAACUCUCUCCGCAACCCUGCUUCCCUCCAGAACGCCAAUAUUAUUUCCCCACAAAGUAUUUUGGCCCGCGUCCGCAACGCCAACAAGAAGGAGAUCGCCGUUGCCGGCGUUACCGCUGCGGAGGUUGUCGGAUUUUUCACAGUCGGUGAAAUCAUCGGCCGUUUCAACGUCGUUGGCUACAGGGGAGAGGCUGCUCACGGACACCACUAG